CACCGGAGUCUCUAUCCCCUUUACUGUCUUGGCAGAUGCUAGUGGAGUUUAUGUGUACCGAGCUCUUUGACUGAUUCCUUUUAAUGUUAUGUUUGCUCCUUUUUCGACAAUAUAUAUAGACGUAGUUGAGGGCAUGAGGUUGUGGGCUUCUUGCUCAGCCAGUUGGAUUUGAAUUAGCAUUUCCUUUCCUAAUUAUUAGGCAGUGACAGCUAUAAAUACCCUGGAACAUGCCAUCGCCGCCACCUUCAGUCCUCUUCAUCUCCUUUGCUCUUUCUAUUGGUCUUGGAAAAUGGAAGCCUCCAAGCCUAGGAUCUGACACAAACCAAAACCCUAAGAGAGAGCGAGAGAGAGAGAGAGAGGACCACGCAAUUUUAAUCUAUAAAUCAUCCAUCCCCUUUAUAAGUUGCCUGCGUCCACCCCUCCAUCGUAUUUUAUUCUAUCUCAGAGUAGAUCACUCCCAAGGUUUUCUCUCUUUCAUCUAUCAAAGUUGUUCUUCAUUUUCUCAGGAGUAUGGUUUUCUGGGUGUUUGGUUAUGGUUCACUGGUCUGGAACCCUGGGUUUGAGUAUGAUGAGAAAGUCAUAGGCUUCAUCAAGGAUUACAGGCGUGUUUUUGACCUUGCAUGCAUUGAUCACAGAGGUACACCUGAAGAUCCUGCAAGGACUUGCACCUUGGAGCACAUUGAAGGAGCCGUUUGUUGGGGUGCUGCUUAUUGUGUUCGGGGCCGUCCUGAAAAGGAAAGAGCAGCAAUGCAGUACUUGGAGAGAAGGGAAUGUGAAUAUGAUCAGAAGACCCUCGUGGACUUCUUCAAGGAAACAGAUCCCCUGCGGCCUGCUCUAAGCGGAGUUAUUGUGUUCACAUCUACUCCUGACAAAGUUUCAAACAAGUAUUACCUGGGGCCUGCUCCGUUGGAGGAAAUGGCCUGCUUUUCUAUUAAAAUUUUCAGGCAAAUUGCAACUGCUGUUGGACCCUGUGGGAACAAUAGGGAUUAUCUUUUCUCGCUGGAGAAGGCCAUGUUUGAUAUAGGUCAUGAGGAUGACUUGGUUAUAGAGCUGGCAAAUGAAGUUAGGAAGGUGCUUGGAACAAUGGCGAAGGAGAAGAAGCUAGUAGGUUCUCCUCUCAAACCUCUUAAAUCCCAGACCCAGCCACAGAUCCCAACAGUUCAGUUGCAUCUGCUUCCUCCGGAAGCUGUUGCGAUGGAUUUAUAGCUGUCAUCUUUGUAACCCAAAUAUGAAUCACUCACGCUUAUUAUUCUUGGAGAGAAGGGUUUGAGCUAUUCAAUUUUGGUAAGUUGCCCGGCAUUUUUAGUUUAGAACCAAACUGGCCUUGCCUUGAUAACUUUAUUCUUAUUGUUGUUGUUGUUUACUUUAGUAAUAACAAUAUUAUUGUUAUUGCGGUGGUGAGAAUUCCUUUGCAUGCUUGUGUUCUAUAUGUGGGUUUAUAAUUUGGAUGUACAAACACAAAAUGUAUAAUUAUGUUUCAACAAUAAUGAUGAUUGAUAAGCUUGGGCCUA